UUUAGAGAUCUCCAAAUCUCUAAAUUUGGAGAGUAGUUGGAGAGGUUCCGCUCUCUAAAUUUGGAGAUUUUGGUGAUACGGACGGCGGUUGGAGAUGCUCUCAAAGAAAAAGCCAAACCCAUUUCUCAAUCAUUGCCUCGUCAGCGAUAAAUCUGUCGCCUUCCUCAUUAUCUAUCUUUGCUUCAUUGCAUGCGAGCCAUCAUCUGUUUUCUUGAAUCAUUCCUUCAUCCCUCAUAAAUCAUUGUCUUAAACCUCUGAUUCUUCGGGUGCAACCAAAUUUUUGUUCCAAUUUCAAUAAUGGAGGGUACAGUUCGCAGCUCCGCCAACUACGUCCCCUUGACUCCCCUCAGCUUCAUCCAACGGUCCGCCGUCGUCUACGCCGAUCGCCCCUCCGUGAUCUACGGCUCUCGUACGUACACGUGGAGGGAGACCCAUCAGCGAUGCCUCCGCCUCGCUUCUGCUCUCACCCAUCUGGGGAUUUCUCGCCGCGACGUUGUAGCUGUACUUGCUCCUAACAUCCCGGCAACAUACGAACUCCACUUCGCUGUGCCAAUGACUGGUGCAGUUCUGUGCACUCUCAACAUCCGACACGACUCUGCCAUGGUGUCCAUCCUAUUGAGGCACUCUCGAGCCAAGGUCCUCUUUGUAGACCACCAGCUUCUUGAAAUAGCCCAAGGAGCACUCAAACUUCUCUCGCAAUCCAGCACCAGCCUGAACCCUAUUCUGGUCACAAUCUCAGAACCCGGAUCACCAAAUUCUUCUACUAAUCUAGACUAUGAACAUAUUAUAAUGACGUCUGACCCACAUUUCAAUGUCAAAUGGCCUUCCGAUGAAUGUGAACCGAUAUCCUUAAACUAUACCUCGGGCACAACUUCUAAACCUAAAGGUGUAGUCUAUAGUCACCGAGGAGCUUACCUGAAUUCCAUUGCUACAGUCCUCUUGAGCAAUAUUACCACAAUGCCAGUGUACCUGUGGACUGUCCCGAUGUUCCACUGCAACGGCUGGUGCCUAGCUUGGGGGAUUGCAGCUCAAGGCGGGACAAACAUCUGCGUCCGAAACGCCACAGCCAAGGUCAUUUUUGACUGCAUCGCCCUCCACAAGGUCACAAACAUGGGCGGUGCACCUACAGUUCUCAACUCCAUCGUGAAUUCUCCAUCUCGAGACCGAAAACCACUUCCCCAUAGAGUAUCUGUGAUUACCGGCGGGGCACCUCCACCGGCCAAAGUUCUAUUCAAGAUGGAGGAGCUAGGGUUUAAUGUCACCCACUCGUACGGACUCACUGAGACCUAUGGCCCGGCUACGGUUUGUACAUGGAAACCAGAGUGGGACUCUCUACCUGCUGAGGAUAAGGCUAGGGUUAACUCUCGUCAGGGGUUGCAUCAUAUUGGUAUAGAGGUAGAUAUCAAGGAUCCCAUAACCAUGAAGAGUGUUCCAAACGAUGGGAAGACUAUGGGUGAAGUUAUGUUUAGAGGAAAUACCGUUAUGAGUGGUUAUUUUAAAGAUAGGGGGGCAACCGAUGAAGCUCUGGCUGGUGGGUGGUUUCGGACCGGUGAUCUAGGAGUUAGACAUGAUGAUGGUUAUAUACAACUGAAGGAUCGGUCGAAGGACAUUAUAAUUUCUGGAGGGGAGAAUAUAAGCACGAUAGAGGUCGAGUCAGUGAUUUUUGGGCAUCCGGGUGUGCUUGAGGCUGCGGUGGUUGGGAGACCCGACGAGCAUUGGGGGGAGACAUCUUGUGCUUUUGUGAAGCUGAAAGAGGGGUGGAAGGUAAGUGAGGAGGAGAUUAUGAAGUAUUGUCGGGAUCGGUUGCCUCAUUAUAUGGCGCCAAAGACUGUUGUUUUUGAGGAGAUUCCGAAGACCUCGACAGGGAAAGUGCAGAAGUUUGUUCUGAGGGAGAAGGUGAAGGCUAUGGAAAGCAUGUCUAGGGUGAAAAGGAGCAGGCUUUGAUGGUUGCCUCAAGGUCAGAGGAGGAUUCAGACGUAAGAUUCUUAAGUUGUAAAUCACCCAAGAGAAAGUGAAAGUAAACCUCUUCAGAACACCCCACAUUCGAGCAGGACGUUCUGAGUCAUUCAAUAUGUCAGUCCAAAUCUUCAAAAUGUUCAGCUCACUGUUUGUGUAUGUGAAUUUAGUUAAGAAUGGAUGAUGUUCUCUUGGGUUAAUUGCGGAUAGGCCCUCUGUACUAUCGUCAUAUUUAACUCACUGUUAGAAUUAAUUCAAAACUAAAAACCUUCAACUCUCAUCACAACUUCGGAGUUUUGGUGUAAUUGUGAUAAGAUUUGAGGGUUAUGGUUUUAUAUUAAUUUUAACAUGCCCUCGCAGAUUGAGAGCCCUUUUAUGGGCUGAAACUUGGACUCACGUAACGGUGUUAAUUUUUAGACAAUUCAUUUUUAAUUUGUGGUCGGUGGGAUUUGAA